CAGAACCCACUUUUUUAACUCUUUUAAAAAAUUUGAUUUGAUGUUUCUGUUUGAAGGGUGGCUGUGGCAAGCAGACUCUGCUGUGAUAGACAACUUUCACAGCCUACUUAGUUCACCUAACUCCUUUUAGACCUAUAAUCUAACAUUUUUUAUUUCUUAUUUUCUCUCUCUCACCCCCUUCUUAUAUUGUCCAUCUUUCUCAUUUUUUCUUUCUUCUCUCAUCACGUUCCUUCUCAUGGAUACUCUUCUUCUGGUUGCUUCUUUCACUGUUGGGUUCUCGGUUGGCGCAUAUAUAAUUUUAUGGAUCAUGCGGUGGAAGGAUGGCAGAAACCACCAAACUCUAGACUCGAAAUUCCAGUAUGAUCUACAGCAGCAGCUUGCGCUCUCAUUGGAGGUACAACAGCCGCCUCCACCGUCCGUUUCACCGCCUCCACCGUCCGUUUCACAACUGUCGCCGUCCUCACCAGAGGAUAUCUCAUCAUCCGAAUCACCGGAGGUGCCGUCCUCACCAGAGCUGACGUCCUCCGGUAGUGACUUGGCAAAGCUGCCACCUUCACCACUAUGUCCACCACCACUAUGUCCGCCAUCACACUAUCCACCGCGUCAUCCGGUUCCAUGGUGUUCCCGACAAGCUCCCGUCGUUUCAGCUGAGCUGCCAGUCUCAGUGGUGCUGCCGUUGCCAUCACUCUAUCCGAUCCCAUCAAAAGCACCUCUUCUUCCUUGGUUAACCUGUAAGGAAUGGAAAAAAUGGAAUCGUAAGGCGGUUGGCAUGAAUCGAUAAACCUUAUUUUUAUGUUUGUUUUGUUUAAUAUUUUGUUGGUGUUCAAUAUUGAUGCUUAGACUUGAACUUUGACAUCAAAUUGAACAUCACUUUUUUUGUAUGUUACCUACAUUUGGCUUAAACCUAUGACAAACCUUGUAUGUUAGCUAACUCUUGUUUCUCCCUUAAUUUUACUAUAUGUUAUGUGAUUAAAUAGAUAUCAGUAUCUUGUUUCCACUA